CACUGACGCUCAGAUCUAUCUUAGUCACUGGUAAUCUCACUAACUUGCUUUGUGUUAAUAAGCAAAUUGUUGAUGUUGUGCUUGUCAAUUUCCAGGCCAGCGACUCACGAAACAACACCCCUCUUGUUGCAUCCAUGAAGAACGGCCAUGCAGAGGUGGUGGAGUGGUUACUGGGAGUUGUGAAUCAUUUGCCAUCUGAAGAUCAGUGCCAGAAGUGUCUGGUUGCACCGGUGGAAGACAAAGAAAAACAUGACGAUAUGAUGCUUGGACGAACCAAGUGCUACGACUUGGUCACCAAGGCAAAGAAAGCAAAAGAACAGAAGGUCCAACGUAAUACAGAAAUCUUUUUGAAGGAACUCGAACACGAAAAAGAAAAAGAAGAUAUAAGGAAAAAGAAGGCGGCAGCUAAACGGCGAGAUAAGCGAAAGAGAAGAAAAGCUGCUAAAGACAGUGAAGGUUCCUGUGGAAACCAAGUUGGUGAAGACCUUCCACUGGAGAACAGACCACAAGAACUAGUAGAUGACUAUGAACAAGACCAGGAGGAGAAUGAGUGUGAUGUUGUCGACACCACGAGAGAGCCUUGUACUGACGGGCUACUUACUGCAACAAGCCACAGAGAAACCGCAACAGAGAAGAAGGUCUACCUUGUAACCCAAGAUGCGCUCAAAAACAGACAGAUUGCCGACGAUGACAGAAACAAGCUGAAGAUUUCUGCCAGUAACAAGAGACCCACACAAGAUGCUAGUCACACCAAGCCUAAAAGACCUCUGAGUAGUACAGGAGAUGUGUCGACAACGCAGAAUUCUGUUUGUUUAAAUGAACGCAGCCAUCGACGUAGUCACAGUGCAGGGAAGGAAUCUGAGUUAAAAAGUCAUUCCGUACAGGAUAAAAAUGCCAGAAAGAAGAGUGAGGAUUUGGCAAAGGUCUCCAAGAAGAAAAAUACCCCAGUGAUUGGUGACAAGGCUGAUUCUGUUAAGGCACAGAAGACUGAGAUUAAAACUAAGACAACAAGCGAGGUGACUCAAUCCGAAACCGUAAAUUGUGUAAAGCCAGAUACGAAACAUCAAAACAAGGCUGAAAAGCCAUUAUCAAAGAAAGAACAGACCGAGAAAGCAAAUAAUUCUGCGAGCAGUCCAAAAAAGAAUUCUUACAACAAGCAGCAAAUUGUUGGAAACCCUGGCCACGUUGGAAACAAAUCCUCUAGUUCGAAAGAUUCCAGCCAUGGGGGGACAGUUCACCCGGCAAAGGUUUCAUCAGAUACAACUCAAACUUCUGUUAGAAGGGGUAAAGAUGGACAGAAUGUCGCUGAUAACGCUCACACAUCGUCAAUAGCGAGUGAGAGUGGUAGAUUAUUUACAAAGGGUACGACUUCUUCGGGUCAUUCACCGAGUAGUGGUAAAACAUCCGCGACGAUUGAAGGAGAAAGGGAACAUAAACCAGUAGUGCAUUCGCCGAGGUCGAAACAACAACACCACCAAGUAGGGAGGGGUGAGGAUAAUUGGAAGGAAGUCACGAGGAGCACAAACUCAAAGACGGUAAUGUUUCAGUUGACCGCACCAAAUGCAAUCUGUGGGCGAGUCAUUGGCCGCGGGGGAAGCAAGAUCAACUCAAUAACGGAGGAUUCGGGUGCGCAAAUAACGAUUGGUAAACCAGAACCAAAGAAUCCAACAGACAGAGUUAUCACUAUCAAGGGCUCCAGUAAGGCAGUCCAGAGGGCCAAGUUUCUUGUCACGCAAGCCUUAAACACGCCCAGUACAAUCGGACAGACAACACCCACCAUCUCCACUGCUACCACGUCAAAUGCAAUGUCAUCCUCGGACAGAACAGAAACCAGCGCAUCACCAGCUCCAGUCAGAGGAAACUACGCAGCUAUCCCAUCAUCUUCCUCCGAAUGGCCGACCAUUGAACAGGCAAAUAACAUGGCAGUCCAGGCGCCACCAAUGAAGACAGUGGCUCCAAACAAGACUGAAAAACCUAGCGAAGAACUGAAAAGUUCACCGGAGCUGAGCGAUGGCAGCCAAGACGUGUUUGAAGAUAAUGCAGCCGUGGCAAGCAAAGCUGAAGAUGCGACAUUUAACAGCUCUGAAGCAGCGAAAGCCUUUGUUACCUCGUCUCCUGUGACUUCUGAUGCGACACAGACCUCAUCGUCAGCUUGGAAACCGUACAUACAGUCACCUCAAAGCAUGGGUGCUUGUACGAGUGCUAUGACAACAAGUAUCAGUAGCAGUGUGACUCUGAUUAGUUCGCAGGCUGCAGAAAGCAGGUUGACUUCGGCAAGACACGAUGGCGGUGCGACAGCUUCGUAUAAGCCUUUUCGUUUGCAGGAAAAUCCAGGUCCACAGGUGCAGAGUCAAUCCAGAAAUAACAGAGUGGGUGAUAGCAAGGGGCUAGCUCCUGCAACUUCACAGGAGAAUUGGGAAUCAAAGGGCCACAAAUCUUCACCGACCUCUGUAGCAACAGUAUCCAUCAGCACUAGUGCCGUCACAACUACUACUAAUCGAGAUCUUCACAUCACACCUGAAAACCCUUUUGGAGUCAUUGGGGAAGUUGCUACUGCCACUACCGCAUUUCAAACUGAAGCUGCAGUUGCAGAGUUUACUCCGUCCCAGCAGGAGGGGUUGCUACAGAACAGAGCCCCUUCAUCGUCUUCUACAGAUGCAGCAUCAUCAGGGUUGUUACCAUCUCCAAGGGAACGAAACAAGUCCAAGUUUCCUUACUUCAGUCCUUGGGCUUCACAAUCUACAGGUAUCUCCGACAUUGGCACAGAUAGCUUUGCAUCGGGACGAAAGCUGGAGGGUCCUCUGCCUGGAAUGGAACUUUUUACUAGUAGUUUGUUCAGCAGCAGUUCUCUGUCAUCAUAUCCUUGGUCAACUGGUGAAGAUGGCCGUGAAAUUGAAGAAAGAUCACGAAGCAUCAGUUGGUCUGGCCAGCACGACUACCAAGGCGAACAUCAGUUCAUAUCACCGGUCAAGGAAAAGUUCUCUCCUUCAGCUCAGAAAUCCGGCUCAGAUGCGGCCGCGAUCAACAUGAGAGGAGCCUCUGACCUUCGUGGUGAUUCUGGAACUUUCAAACCGCUGUCGUCAGGGAUCUGGGGACCAGUGACGUCACAGCCUCCUCAUGCUGCCUCACUGUCUGUUGUGUGCGACGAGGGAACUCCAGAUAAACAAGCUUGGAAUAACUCUGACAGCACCAGCAGUAGUAGAAGUAGCAGUAGGCAGGAGCUUUCGUCCAUUAUGGACAGUGACGUGCCCGCGAGUAACACUAUGUGGAAUUCAUCGGCGUUUGUCGAGGACAUGACACCGACUCCACAAGAGGCUCAAGGAGGAAUGAACACAGCGCUGUCAGAUCAAGGGGUGCCGACGGGUUCACAGUGGGUGCCGGGUAGAGGAGCUUAUAGUGCUCCCUCCUCACCUUCCCUCCCUCGUACUCACAAUCUCCCGGAGUCUGCACCUCCGUCGAUGGGAGGCCGCCCCUCUGUUGAUGAUUUCGCCGUACGGUCUUGGGCUUCCAAGCAGAGAAGUCCGCGCUCUUUAAGCAGCAGUGAGCCCUCCACGGGGUGGAAUGAGAAUCUGCCUGCACAGCCGAGACGAUCUAGUGUUGAUCUGUCGCAGUCUGGUGGUGGCGAGAACAGCAUCCCUGCACAUCCUUGGCAACAAUAUUCUCGCAUGCCACAGGGUUAUCCACCUGGAUUGACGAUGAGAGAGAACUGGCGCGAACAGCCGGCCCCUACGAGCAGCAAUUCAGAGAUCAACCAACUACUGCAGCGACUAGGACUGGAAAAAUACGUGCCAUUGUUUGAGGAGCAUGGCAUCGACGGUGUUCAGCUCUCUCAGAUGGUCGAGGAGGAUUUGGAAAAUCUCGGCAUACCUAAGGGCCCACGGUUAAAGCUACUGCAUGGUACAAGAUGGUCGGGUGGAAACUUUCAGACACCAGGGAAUGGAUUUGUCAAGACGGAUCCAACCUCAGCCAUCAUUCAGUCGAACAAAAAACCCAACAAGAUGGAACAACAACCACUGUUUAACAACCAGAACCACAUUCUUCAACACCACAGUGAUGCUCAUCUCUCUCCUCUAGGACACAAAAAACAGGCCUUGAAACAACCCCUCCACCCCUCAGUCUUACAACCUCUUAGUAACCACGGCAACCAGCAUCUGCUGUCCCUCAUGACGUCGUCUGGUCGAACGCUGAAUCCUACUCAGCACGUUGGGAUGGGGAGUCAGAACCACGCGAGUAACCACGCGAGUGGUCACGCGAGUAAUCUCCCUCCUCGCCCACACUCAGCUUCUGGAAAUAUGACUAAUAGUCAGGGGUAUGUUCCGGUCGGUUCCCACGGGGAUCAAGCGAUGCCGGGGGGUUAUGUUGCGCAACAGGGGCAGUUCGUGAACCCCAUUCCGUACACGCAAGCCCCUCAGGUAUUUUAUCCCGGCGGCUUUUACUACUUCUACCCGCAGCAGUAGAAGGCUUUUGUCUUGACACUUAAUUUAUUGAUUCAAAUCAUUAGCCUCUUCUUGACACUUGUAAUUUAUGAUGUAUACGCGAUGAAAAGUUGUCGGGGAUUUGUGAAAAAGAACCAUUAAAGAACAAAUGUUUAGAUGUAGAUUCGAUAUUUAGUGAAUGGACGCAAGGGCCUUGGUUGAUGUUUGAGAAAGAAGACCUCAUUAAAGUUCACUUAUUGAAUA